GAUUGGAGCAACAUGCUACAUUAAGGACCAAAGUGUUUGCAUUUACAAAACUUCUAUUAUAGUGAAUUCGAGCAAAUGUCAAAUCACUAUGAAAUUCCAUCCUGGGCCGGAAAACCACCAACCGGUCUGCAUCUGGAUGUUAUGAAGGAGGACAAGCUCAUUCAAAAGUUCAUGAUCGACGAAAAGCGGUGCUACUUGUUUGGGCGCAAUCCACAGAUGAAUGAUUUCUGUAUUGAUCAUGCUUCCUGCUCGCGCGUCCAUGCCGCUUUUGUUUAUCACAAGCAUCUGCACAUCGCUUACUUGGUAGACCUGGGCAGCACUCACGGCACGUUUAUCGGAUCGGUUCGUUUAGAGUCCAAUAAGCCUACCCAGCUGCAAAUUAAUAGUCAGUUUAGCUUCGGAGCAUCGACCCGCCACUACAUACUACGCGAACGUCCUACCGUUGGAUCGCGCACAAACAUCAUGGAGGAUAUUCCGAUGAUGGACACGAGCGACGGUACUUUUCUGGGGCUGCCAGAAAGCCAAACCGAGCUGGAUAAUCUCACCGAGUACAAUACGGCCCACAAUCGCCGAAUUUCAAUGCUAGGCAUAUCGGACGACGGUGGUGGCGGUGGCGGCGCUGGUGGGGCAGGCGGUCCAGUCGGGAACAAUGCCGGCACAUACAAGAAGAACAAACGGAAUAAACGGAAAGGGGUUGCGUUCAAUGAGGACGAAAUUAUCAUCAAUCCCGAAGACAUUGAUCCAUCAAUAGGUCGCUUCCGCAAUCUGAUCCAGUCAACCGUGGUACCGGUAUCGGCGAAGCGAACAAAAAUGGAGCUUCCAAACAGUAUGGGAAUCGUGGUGUCGCCUACGAGUGGCAUGAAACCGAGUAGCUUUCAUUUACAUCCACACGCGUUGGCCGGCGCACAUGGCCAACAUCAGCAGAGUAGCCUCACUGCUCACAGCUUGUACCACGGUAUCGAUCCUGUCGAUGGAGGAGCUGGUGGGGGAGGAAACGGCAAUAGUUCCGGCACUUCCUCGGAUGGGCGUAGCUUUGGAGGUUUCGAUAUGGAUACAACGCCAAGCGGACUAUCGACGAAAUUGGGCAUUUUGCUGCCGAAUCCGGCACCGGAUGUGAACCCAACUCCAGUCGCAGUCCGGGAUACAUCAUCACUUCCAAUCUUUGCCGUUCCGGGUGCAUCAUCAUCUGCUGGUGGUGCUAUUAGCAACAAUGCUAAAGGUUCUGAGAAACAGCCUGAAACACCGGACGAACCGAAAAAGAAGAAAUACGCCAAGGAACAAUGGCCCGGUCGCAAACCGCUCGGUUUAAGCAGUUUUUAGAGUGCCUGUUCGUAGCAGGCAAGAUUUGCUAACCCGACUCGACAUAAACGAAAGAUGCGAAAUAGUCGAUUUUAAUAAUUUUAAGUCCUCCGUGCACGCGUUUGGUCGGCGUGUAUAUCUCCGGUGGAAAAUAUUUCUACGAU